AUGAUCUCUAAACUGAAGAAUGAAGGCUUAAUUAAAGACGUGGAGCCAAGAGACUUCCACUGUAUAAUCGGUGAUGUCUCACAAAUAGAUAAUCCAAUGAGUGAUCAACCGGACUUUAAGCAGGAUUUUAUAGAUUUCCAUAGACCCUGCAUCGCCAUUAACACUGAGUGCGGAUGUCAAUUCACAUCAAAGCUGGAAGGAAUGUUCAAAGACAUGACAGUCUCCAAUACUAUUAUGGAAGAGUUCAAAGAGCAUGUGCUUCAAUCAGGGAACAAUUUACAUGGCGUGGAUCUGUCCGUGCGUGUGUUGACGACUGGUUUCUGGCCGACACAAAGUGCUACGCCGAAGUGUAACAUACCCACGGCGCCGAGGAGUGCCUUCGAUGUGUUCAGAUCGUUCUACCUCGCCAAGCACUCUGGUCGCCAGUUAUCUCUCCAACCUCAGCUGGGUAGCGCGGACCUCCAUGCGACGUUCCGCGCGCCCUCUACCGGCAGCCCUCCCCGCUCUCCGCCGCCCGCGGGCACCGCACACGCCGCGCCCGCCGCCGUCCGCAGGCACAUCAUACAAGUGUCCACCUUCCAGAUGUGCGUGCUGCUACUGUUCAAUAAACGUGAACGGCUCACAUACGAGGAAAUCCUCAACGAGACUGACAUCCCUGAAAAAGAUUUGGUAAGAGCGUUGCAGUCAUUAGCGAUGGGGAAACCAACACAGCGCGUCCUGAUAAAACAUCCCAAGACCAAGGAGAUCGAACCCUCGCACCAGUUCUACGUAAACGAUGCCUUCACCUCCAAGUUACAUAGAGUUAAGAUUCAGACAGUAGCAGCGAAAGGUGAAUCAGAGCCAGAGCGCCGUGAGACACGCAACAAGGUGGACGAGGACCGGAAACACGAAAUAGAGGCAGCCAUUGUGAGGAUCAUGAAGGCCAGGAAGAAAAUGGCGCACACACUACUUGUGGCUGAGGUGACGGAACAGCUCCGCGUGAGGUUCCUCCCGUCUCCCGUCGUGAUCAAGAAACGUAUUGAGGGUCUCAUAGAACGGGAAUACCUCGCGCGCACUCCCGACGACCGCAAGGUCUACACAUACGUCGCAUAG